AUGAAAAUCAAAUGGGCAGAAGUCUCCCUUAAGCCUUUGGAAAAGAGAGAGUAUUAGGAAGAAGCUUAGCCUGAUUCUCCCCUCACAAACUGGGGUGGUAAGAGGGGCAGGAAUAAAAACCAAUAAAAACUUGCCAGAUUCUGUUCACCCAUUUUGCUUUUCUCUUUCUGGAGCCAGUUUUCUGUUCUAGACAACCUCAAAGGGCUAUGGGGUGGAGGGAAAUAACUAUCCUGUACUCCUGUUACUGAGAAGGAAAAUGCCUUACUACUUAAGCAAGCAUUUUUUCCUACUUCCCACCAGACUUGUCUCACAUGCCUACAUCCUGUGCAUCACCAUUUUGGAAGGGGACUUAAAAAACUUUCCACACCUUAAAGUGUGUUUUGAGGAACCAAAACACAGGACAUAGAAUAACAAUUGGAAGCGACCUUGGAGGUCUUCUAAUCUGACCCCCUGCAUCAUUCCAGAAAAAGUUGCCCAAUUUCUUCUUGAAAAUCUCCAGUGAUGGAGCACCCACAACUUCUGGAGGCAAGCCAUUCCACUGAUUGUUUGUGCUGUCAGGAAAUUUCUCCUUAAUUCUAGAUUGGAUCUCUUUUUAAUAAUCUUCCAUCCCUUACUUCUUGUCCUGUGCUCAGGGUUUUAAAAAGUUGGUUGACCCCUUUUUCUCUGUGAGUCUCUCAAGUGUCGGAAGAGUGCUCUCAGGUCACCCCUAGUCGUCUUCCUUAGACUAGGCAUAUCCAGUUCCCACAACCCAUCAUUGAAUACUUUAGCCUCCAGCACCAUAAUUAUCUUUGUUGUUCUUUAACCUCUCAACAUCUUUUUUUUAAAUCUGGUGUGGAUUAGAAUUGGACGCAGAUACCGAGUGAAGGGAAAAGCGUGAGAACAAGUCAUAAUGGAGGCGUGUCCACCAAACUCGGAGAAACUCUGGGGAGUUCCUGGGUGGAAGGGGUGGGGGGGAGAGAAAAUCUUCCUUCUGGAGGCCUUGCAGCCGGAGUCGGCUAUUCGACCGUGCUGUUAGUGCAGUUCUCUCCGGAGCGCGGCGCUAGGAAGCCACGCUGGCUGCCCUGAAGGAGCGGGAUGAGCGGAGCCUCGUUUAAGAAGUACGACGGCUGCGGCCGCUCGUUCGCUCUGCCGCUCUUGCGUGGAGGAGGCACAGUGUUGGGAGGGGCGCGCAGAAACAAGCGCGGCAGCGGCGCUGACAAGGUGCUGCCCGCGGAGGCCUGUUCCGCUAAUCCCGCUGCCCGCGGAGACAACUUCCACUCGGAGCAACAGCGCGCAGCUUCUGCCGCCGGUGGUGGCGCCUCUGCUGCGGUGGGAAGCGACCACGCCUCGUGGACUAGCAAAGGCGGUCUCGAGCUCUGGAAGCGUGACGAGAAAGAGGCGGAGGGAAAGAAGGCGGCGGCGGCGGGACCCGCAGCUCGGUGGGCGUCUCCUCGAGGGACGGAACCCUCUCUUUCUCGCCGCCGCCCCAUCCUGUGGCUACCACCAUGGCCGCGCGGUCCCGGCGCCCGUGGCUGAGUGUAGUCCUGGGGCUAGUCUUGGGGUUCACUGUCGCCUCCUGGCUCAUCGCCCCCAAAGUGGUCGAGCUGAGCGAGAGGAAAAGGCGCGGCGGCCACGGCGGCUCCCUGAGUGGAGGCGGUGGCGGCGGCAGCAAUAACCUCUGUGCUUUCUAUGGCCGCGUGGCUGGUCUGCCCGGAGGAAAGAGGCAGCUGCGACCCGAGGAGCCGGCGGUCACGGCUGCAGGCUUGGGGGGCGGUAGACACAGGCGGUGGGAGAGGGAGCAACAGCCGCCCCCGGCGCCGCCCGCCGCAGAAGGGCCAAUGCCGAGUCUCCCGGUUGCAGCUGCUGGAAGAGACCCCCAGGAAGAGGACGAGGAGGAAGAAGGCGGCGCCGGCCGCCACGGCAGCAGCCACAACGGCAGCGGGGACUACGCGGGCACCCCGGGCUGUUCCAAAACCCGGCACUUCCUUUACGUCGGGGUGAUGACCGCCCAGAAGUACCUGGGCAGCCGAGCGCUCGCAGCGCAGCGGACCUGGGCGCGCUCCAUCUCCGGACGGGUGGAGUUCUUCUCUAGCGAGGGAUCGGUCCCUCCUCCCGGCCUAAAAGGAGAGCAACCCCUGCCAGUCGUGGCUUUACCCGGCGUGGACGACUCGUACCCGCCGCAGAAGAAAUCCUUCAUGAUGCUCAAGUAUAUGUACGACCAUUACCUGGACACCUAUGAGUGGUUUAUGCGGGCGGACGACGAUGUCUACAUCAAAGGUGAAAAAUUGGAAGAGUUCCUUCGGUCACUGAAUAGCAGCAAACCUCUUUAUUUGGGACAGACAGGACUAGGAAAUACAGAGGAACUCGGAAAAUUGGGUCUUGAACCAGGAGAGAACUUCUGCAUGGGAGGGCCUGGGAUGAUCUUCAGUCGUGAGGUUCUCAGAAGGAUGGUACCCCAUAUAGGUGAAUGUCUUCAAGAGAUGUACACGACUCAUGAGGAUGUGGAAGUGGGCAGAUGUGUUCGGCGAUUUGGUGGUACUCAGUGUGUCUGGUCAUAUGAGAUGCAGCAAUUGUUCCAUGAAAACUAUGAACGCAACCGGAAGGGUUACAUACAGGAUCUUCACAACAGCAAAAUUCACACCGCAAUUACACUUCAUCCAAAUAAAAGACCAGCCUAUCAGUAUAGACUUCAUAACUACAUAUUGACCCGCAAAAUUUCAGAACUACGUUACCGCACCAUCCAGCUCCAUAGAGAAAGUGCUCUCAUGAGCAAGCUCAGUAAUGAUGAAAUAAACAAAGAAGAUCAGCUUCUGGGAAUGACACCAUCUUUUAGUCGUUUCCAGCCCCGUGACAGGAAUGAAGUCAUUCAAUGGGAUUUUCUGACUGGAAAGCUCCUUUAUUCAAUAGCUGAGAAUCAGCCACCUAGGCAAAACAUUAAUAACAUCCUUCGAGCAGCAUUAGAUGACACUGUAAUGCAGGUAAUGGAAAUAAUCAAUGAGAACUCUAAAUCUAGAGGAAGGCUUAUUGACUUCAAUGAAAUACAGUAUGGAUACCGCAGGGUUGACCCUCUGCAUGGUGUAGAGUAUAUAUUAGAUUUGCUGCUUUUAUAUAAAAGGCACAAAGGAAGAAAAGUCACUGUUCCAGUUCGAAGACAUGCUUAUCUUCAACAGUUAUUUAGUAAGCCUUUUUUCAGAGAGGAAGAAGACCUGGAUGUAAGAAGUGUGAUGGAAAAUGGGCAGAGUGACACACAAUCCCUCUCUUUCCUUUCUAAUUCCCUGAAGAUGUUUUCACCAUUUCAAAACACCAAAGAAUUAAGGGGAAGCAAUAAUAAGAAGAUACACAUUCUUGUCCCUCUCACAGGAAGAUACAAUAUUUUCUUGAGAUUUAUGGAGAAUUUUGAAAAGACUUGCCUUGUUACAAAGCAGAACGUGAGGCUGGUAGUUAUUCUCUUUAGCCCAGAUUCUAGUCAGGAGUCCAUUAAACACAUAGAGUUGAUCAAUGCAUAUCGCAAUAAGUAUCCUAUAGCAGACAUCACUGUUAUUCCUAUGACAGGAGCUUUUUCAAGAGGGUUGGGUCUUGAAACGGCUUCCUCUCAGUUUGAUAAUGAUACAUUGCUACUAUUCUGUGAUGUUGACCUAAUAUUUACUCCAGACUUCCUUCAGCGUUGUCGAGUUAACACUAUCCAAGGAGAACAAGUUUACUAUCCUAUUAUUUUCAGCCAAUUUGACCCUAAAGUAACCUAUGGAAACCACCCUCCUUUGGACAGUUACUUUGUUUUCACCAAGAAAACAGGGUUUUGGAGAGAUUAUGGGUUUGGUAUCACUUGCAUUUAUAAAAGUGAUCUUAUAAAUGCAGGUGGAUUUGAUACCUCAAUUCAAGGUUGGGGACUUGAGGAUGUAGACCUUUUUACUAAAGUGAUAACUUCUGGCUUGAAGGCAUUUAGAAGCCAAGAAGUGGGGGUUGUGCAUGUGUUCCAUCCAGUUCAUUGUGAUCCCAGUCUAGAGUCUAAACAAUAUAAGAUGUGCUUGGGGUCUAAAGCAAGUACAUUUGGCUCUGCAAUGCAAUUAGCUGAAAUAUGGCUAGAAAAGCAUUUAGGUCUUAGGUAUAAUAAUACGUUCUCCUGAUAUUUUAACUAGGACUGGCUUCCUAGGAGAAGUUUACCUCAUUGCUUUUUUCUUUUAACAUUACAUUUUUAAACUUCUCUUUGUCUUCCAAAGGAUUUGUCUUUGCCCUUUAACAAACAUCUAUUAGGAAUAUUAGAGAUUCCUGCUGAACUGAUGUGUCUUUCUGUUCUUGAUUCAUAAACUGAAUGAAAUCAUUGCAAGAGAGCAUAGAUAACAUCCAUCAUGAGGACCACAUCAGAAAAAUAGUCUCUUUGGACUUCAGGAUGCAAUAUUGAUCUUGAUUGUGUCUGUCAAACUUAAUGUGAUACAAAUAUUUUUCAGUGAAGGUAUCACAAAAGUGCUUUAUGCUUCCUCUGGGAAAGAGGCUCUGGCAAACUUGAGUUUUAUAAUUUAUAUGAGGACUGAAAUAAAAACUAUUCUUUAUAAUUUUUAAGUAAUAAAUAAUGGACUCAUCUAUUUUUUAAAAUAAGGGAAAAAUACAUUUUCCAGGUGCAAUGGUACUGGUUACCAAGACCCUUAAAUAGCAUAUCAAAUUGACCUCUUCAGUAUUCUUCAAAUGGACUGUAGUUUCUCAAGAAAACAUAACUUAAUCAGAUAUCUGCAUAUGUUGAGAAGGUUACGAACCAAUCACUUUCAUUUGCUGGCAAGAAGAAAUCAUGACACAAUAUGGUUAUUUAUAAUAAAGAAUAGGCAUGUGAUCUUGUGUUUUCUAUGACAAUAAUAUUUUGCUUUGUUUCUGUUUAGAUUGAACGUCUAAUAUAUACAUAGUUUUCUAAUUUCUUUCAUAAGACUGCACUUGUUACAAAGGGAAAUCAAAGGGUACUUAAUAUUGUCUUUUUAUAAUUCUGUGUUAAUAUUCAUAUUCUACAUCAAUUGUUAAAACUUUAAAGAAAAUGUAAUUAUUUAACUAUGAAGGUACUAUUGCUGGUCAAAGUUCUUGCAAAUAUAUUUAUAAUAGUGAAGAUAUAUAGAAAGUAGAAUGUGUUAAGAUUUCCUUCUCUGAAAAAUCCAAAAAUUCCAGAAAAUAUAUUACGGAUAGUGAAAAAAUAUUAGAUGGUUAUGUUCUGUUAAAAUGAACACAAACCACGACUAUGAUGAUUUGAUCAAGUUUAUGACAUGUAACUGUAACAUUUUUAAAAAAUCUGAAACAUUCCCAAGAAAUAUAUGCUAAACCUGAUGACCAAUGUAAUGUGAUCAACUUUAAAGAACGUAGCAAACCUCUCUAAAUAAAUAAUAUCUGGUAUUUUUAAGAAAAGGUGCUGUACAGUAUAUCUUGUAAUGGCCAUGAUAGAAUCUGAACUUAUUUCCUGAGACAUCUAAUGGAAUCGGCAAUUCUCACAGUUUAAUUGGCAUAUAGCAUGCUUACUUUGGCAUAUAUAUAUCUUAAAUUGCGAAAGAGCAAGAGAUAGGUAUUCUGAAUAAGAUAUACUUACAUCUUAUUCAACUUUCUUUUUACAAAUAACAAAAAUAACUAUGGCAAUCAUGUUUCAGAAUCAAGAUAUUAACUUAGAUUAAGUAUAGUAAGAAAUAUUAUACAUAUUUCUUACUAUAGGUUUAGAAAUUCAGCACAAAGCAACAUAAUCUCUUGACCAUUACACCAAAGAUUCUCCCUAGAUGUUAUUUUUCUUUUGUAUAUUCCUUUUUUUUCACAGCAUGUUACUCUAGUAUUUUCUUAUGACAGUGGUAAUUUCUCUCACUUUAGAUGUCAUUCCCAGCAGUGUUCCAAUUCUGUGUGCCACAUUUAUACAGAAGUAUAAUUUCAUUUUUGCACCUAUGUAUGCAUGUACAAAUCCCACUGCUGCUGUAAUUAAUUCUGAUUCAAAUUUACAUAUUGCAAAUCCUUCCCAGAUCAAUAACAAUUAGUAUAUUUUAUUUACACGGUUGGGUUUUCUGCAGUAACAACCUUUCUAACUUCAUUACAUAUCUGCUGUAGCAAAUAUGCUACUAUUUUAGUUGGCCCAUUACUUAACAUUUAAUGUAAUGUAAUAUAAGAUGAUGUUUGCAUACAUUCUCAAAUUCACGAUUAGCGUAUGGAAUAUCAAAACUAUAAUAUGAAUUAAGAGAGUCAAUUUGGUGUAGUGGUUGAAGGUUCUAGAUUAAAAGCCAGGAAACUGUUCUAGUCUUGCCUUAGGUACAAAGUCAGUUGGGUUACUUUGGGCCAGUCUUUUCUCUCAACCUUAGGAAUAAGGCAGUGGCAAACUAUUUUCAGAAAUUUUGCCAAGAAAAUAAUGUGGUUGCCAUGAGUCAAGCCUGACUCAUAAGUGAAAUAAUGGAGUCAAUUAUACAUGAUAUGCAAAAAAAUAAAUAAAAUUGAAAUGCUAUUUUGACUUCACAAAUGAAGUACUAUACAUCUAUUAUCUUACAAAAUAAGAUAGACUAUAGGCAAAGAGAUUUUAAGGCAAAUAAUUUGCAGUGUUGACAUCAACUGGCAACUCCGUAAAAUGCAUCUCUGGAGCUCCUCUAUCAAGUGCUGGGGAAAUCAGAAGAUCCAAGCAGUUCAAAUGAAUCAUUUGAUUCAUUUGAUUCAAUAAAUCAAAUAGAGAUUUAUUGCAAACUUAGGCUAUCUACUACUAAGCAAAUUGGUGGUAGAUAAAUUCAAGGAAUUCAGGGUAGGUUGGAUUUAGAUCUCUUGUAGGUGUGAAGGGAUUAUGACUGAUAAUACUGAUAAUACCUGUGACCCCUCCCUCAGGCUCAGGCUCAUCUCCUAUAUCCACAUUCCUAGGAAGAAAUAUAGCUCCUUUAAAAAGUUGCAAGCAGGUGCUAUGCUUGCACCUCAGCAUACUCCAAAACAUCUUUUUCCCUUCAAAUCCAGAAUGCUGCCUAGACCUAUCAGGUUAAAGAAUUCUCAUCACUUUGGGACUUGGAAAGGGUAACGAAAACUGAAAACAUUCUGUCUGAAUUUGUUUUAUAGUUAUGGAGUAACAUGCAUAACUACUUGUGAAAAACAAACCGUGUCCCCAAAAUGUGUAUUCUUACUACAUUGUCAUAUUGUAAUUUCCUUUUCUAGAUAUUUUUUUCUUCAUCUGUUGUUUGGGACACAAAUAUUUCUUGUUAACUUGAAAUUUUCAAAAUGUCAAUUAACUGUAUUUGAAAAGCUAAGCUCUCCCUGAUAAUUUCAAGUGCAAAAAAUCAUGAGAGUUUACCUUAACUCCUUGAUAAAAAUGUUGAAUAUUUGUCCAUAGCCUUAAAUUAACAUGGUUUGCUCAGACAAAAUUUCAACAUAUAGCAUGAACUGAACUUGAUGACUGUACAGGGAAUUCUGUGUAUAAAGGACUUGCCGGAUCAGGUCCUGAAAUGAAAAAAAAAAAUGAAAUGUUAAUUCUUAUUCUUUAGAGAUAUUUAUUUAGUGUAUGACCAAUUCAUUUGUUUAUAUGAUGGAUUACUUUGUUGUAAACUGGAUUAUAAAUGUUUGUUAUAAAAUAUUGUGUUGUCUUUGGAAUAACUGUUCUCAGAUGAAUUGUAUUAGUUGAUUU